UUCUGGACAGACAGACCUGAGAGGGAGACCUGAGACUGUCAUCCAUGGCAGAAGCUGUCUGUCUGUCUUGCUCAAGCCAGCCUUUCCUCGUCUUCACCUUAUGCAACUGCCGCCUUCACCUACCUCGAUUCCUUGGGCUGAUGCCAAUUGUAAACGUCUGGUUCCUCGAGAGUGUGAUUUCAGCAGACCAGCGGGUAUACGAAGCUAUUUGGACCCUUCAAGAAUCAAUUGCGUCCCGUCGGGAUAGCAUGCGAUAGCCUGCUUCACUGCCCUGUUCCCGUCCCUCCCCACCGCUCCGCUGCUGCCCGCCGCCGCCCGCCGCUGUCGCUGCCUCUUCCGUGUCUGUCCCCCCCACCCCUCCAAUCUUCAACGUGCUUCUACUCUGUUCUUGCCUCUUGUUUCCCUCGACCACACCUACGCAAUCUCGACGCUUCCGACUUGUCUCUGCCUUUUACGCUGUCGCCAGAGUCGCCUGGAGCCUGUAACCCAUUCUCGGUCCCACGGACGAUGACUGUGUCGAGUGACGCUGGCAGUAAGCUUGAGGGUGUCGCCGCCAUGUCCAAUUCCGCUGCCUCUGCGUCGACCACUGCCGCUGGCGGCACUGCGCCCGUCGGUGAUGAAGUUGCCUCAACAAUCACUGUCAACACCAAGGUUCCCGCAGCCAGUUUCCCGACGCCCAAGACCGACAAGCCGCGCCCUCAUGUUUGCGGCACCUGCCAGCGCUCGUUCGCUCGGCUGGAGCAUCUCAAGCGCCACGAGCGCUCGCAUACCAAAGAAAAGCCGUUUGAGUGUCCCGAGUGCACGCGUUGCUUUGCUCGCCGCGAUCUGCUGUUGCGACACCAGCAGAAGCUCCAUCAGACCACGACUCCUUCCUCCCGUCCACGUAAUCGUCGCGAGAGCGCCAGCGGGGCCGCCCCCGGUGCCAGCCGUGUCCGCAAAAACAGCAUCGCAGGUCCGAGUGCUGCUGCCGCUGCCGCUGCUGCCGCCGCCAACAGCAAUGCCGCGUCCAUGAGACCGCGCGCCAACACUAUCAGCCACAUCGACAAUGCUGCGAUGCAGAACAUGCUGGCAACGAACCUGCAGGUCCAAAGGGGAAUCCAGCCUACGCACAGCCGUCACGCUAGCCUCGUUGGUCUGCCCAUGAGCAACACCUUUGACACCUAUGGCAUGGCUGCCGCUCUAGCGCAGCGAGGGGCUCCUCAUGGCCUUCCCAAGCUGGAGACUCACGGCAUCAGCAUGGACUUCACCGGUGGCCUGCGGACAGCGCCUCCUCUCCCAUUCAAUCCCGAAUUCGAGUAUGACAACCUGUUCUUCGGCCCUGCCACAAGCUCGACCAUCAAUCCAAAUGCUCUGCACUACAGCGACUCGCCGCCGCCAAUGUCCAUGGACCCGUUAUCCCCCUUCGCACACGGGCUUCCCGACAUGACGGGUACCCAGCAGCUGGAUGAUGGGUUCGAGUGGUUGAACGGCUUUGAAAACCAAAUGUCAUUCAACAGCGGCCCCAAUGAGAAUGCUGUGGACGGCUCAUCACCCUCAGCCAUUAGCACCACCAGCCAGAGCGGCAUUAGCGAUGUCAUGGUGGACGGUUCCAACCACCAGUCCGUCUCGACUGUGGUUUGGCAGCCCUCUAUCAUGGGCCCACCGCAGAUGGGCAACCCCUUCUCUCUCGACAUGGGCGGCUCGGUAUUCCCAGACCUUUUGAGUGGCGCCCCCCUCUCGCCGCAACCGCCACCAGCUGGUAAGGCCAUCGGCGAUGGCUACUUUUCGACACCUCCUCCCUCUCUCAGCUCGCUGAGUCCAUCGAUUCUCUCAGGCUUGAAUGGUCCAAACCUGAGUCAAACUCUUAAUAUGGGUGCCGGUCCGGAGACGCCGUCCUCGAUGAAUGGUAGUAAUCAUGGCACCUUACCCGUCUCGACAAUCACUGAUUCAACAAGAAAUGCCAUCCUAGGUGCCCUCUCGGCCUCCCAGGCGUCCGCCUUCGGCACGCGAAGAUACUCCUUUGCGACGUCGAACUCGCCAUUGACCGCGCAACCGCCGACGAACACCAGCAGCUCCGAUCAGAACAGCAGCAGUAACCUCCCGAGCACGCGAGACCUUCAGCGAUAUGUCGGGGCCUAUUUGCGCUACUUUCACCCCCACCUGCCGUUUGUCCACGUUCCGACGCUUUCGUUCGAGACCUCGCCGCAAUCAGCUAACGGUCGAAACAGCGGCAUUGGCGGGAGUGGGUGCUUGCUUCUUUCCAUGGCGGCAAUUGGUGCCCUGUUUGAGUUGGAGCAUCAGGCGUCGAUGGAGUUGUUUGGGUUGGCCAAGAAAAUGAUCCAGUUGUACCUCGACGAGCGGAGGAAAGCGAACGUAAGAAAGGCAGAGUCUAUCCGACGAACUCCCCUGUCGGACCAGAAUUCACAUCAGCAGGACCCUUCCGUCGAGACUCCCGUGUGGUUGGUACAGGCAAUGCUUCUGAAUGUCGUGUAUGGUCAUAAUUGCGGAGACAAGCGGUCCGGAGAGAUAGCGACCACCCAUGCCGCUGCGUUAGUAAGUCUUGCGCAAGGAGCCGAGCUCUUGCGGGCACCGCGACCCGAGCCUGCCAAAGAUGUUGACAUGAUGGAUGUGGAUGCCGCUUGGAACGGAACCGCGAGGAAGGAAGCUGACGAACAGGUCGAGUGGCUGCGCUGGAAGGCGGCCGAGGAAAGAAAACGUACUCUCUAUGCUGUCUUUAUCCUUUCUAGUCUUCUGGUGUCGGCAUACAAUCACACUCCGGCUCUGACCAAUUCCGAGAUCUACCUCGACCUGCCCUGCGACGAGGAGUUCUUUACUGCCGAGUCUGCCAGUGUCUUCCAGUCAAAAGGCGGCGCCCCCGCGGCAAACCGUAAUCGCAUGACGUUUCAUGAGGCACUGGGUGAGCUGCUCCGCACAAACGAGAAGGAGCAGAAGAAUCUGGCUCUCAAGAACGUUCACCAGCCGUUUGGCACAGCGGUCAAUAUCAACGACCUACCCAAGAGCAACCUGAAACCUAGCAGCUUUGGCUGUCUGAUCCUGAUCAAUGCUUUGCACAAUUACAUUUGGGAGACGCGCCAGCGACACCACAACAAGGUGUGGACCAACGAGGAGACGGAAAAAAUGCAUCGGCACAUCGAGCCAGCCCUCCGGGCCUGGCACGCGGCCUGGGCAAGUAACCCUCACCACAGCCCAGAGCGUCCCAACCCUUUUGGCCUGGGCCCUCUCUCCGCCGACGCCAUCACCAUGCUUGACCUAGCCUAUGUGCGCCUCUUUGUAAACCUGUCACGGUCCAAGGAGAAGUUCUGGCAGCGGGACUGGGACGGCAUGGCCGAGGAGCUGGCAAGAGGGUCGGAAAUCAUACAGCAUGCUGAGCAUUCUCCGGCGUCCAACACCGAUUCGGCCGCCACGGAGCAGUCAGAUGCAUCUGGAGUAAGCCCACACUUUGUCGACUCCCCACUAACGCAAACCUCCUCUCCUGACUUUGCCGCGUCCAAGUUCUCGCAGUCUGGGACAAUCAACCCAGCUGCCGUGACACAAUCCCAGCAGCAGCAGCAGCAGCAGCCUUCGGGCACACGAUCCACAACGCGCAGGGAAAAGCAUCUGCGGAAAGCAGCCUUCUUCGCCGCCGAGUCCCUCUCGGUUUCGGACAAGCUCGGCGUGACUUUUGCCAAUCUGACCAGUCGCGAAUUGCCGCUGCAAUCGACUCUCUGUGUGUUUGACUGCGCCCAGGUCUUGGCAGAAUGGGUGGCAACGUUGCAGGACCGGGUUGGGCGUUAUCUUGGGAUUCUGGGCCGAGACAGUGUUGAUCUCACACAGGUACCUGCCAUCAUGCUUCUUGAAGAGGAGGAUCUGAAACUGCUGGGCAAAAUCGACAGCAUCAUUCGUGGCGCCGAGACGAAGAUGAAUCAGGACAUGGCUGGUGGCGAUGCUGCGGUGACGGGCAUGGAUGGCAAGCCUCAUCUCGGCGACAGUCCCGGUUACGCCGCGAAUCUGCUCAGAGUCACUGCCUACAUGUUCGACAAAGCCGCUGUAUGGCCAGUGACUCGCCUGAUCACCGCCUGCCUGGAAACUCAUGCUGGUCAUAUGCGAGUGCGCGCAGAGAAAUCGGUCAUGGUCCACGAAUGAACUUUUGGUUGCAGCCUUGCCGACUGGCAGGAGAUUGAAUGCAGGGCUCGGGUGCUGUAGCCCCACGUUUGCGUUAUGUUACGACCACCAUUUCUGUACGACAUUGAUACCCUUUUAUGUUCUGUCGGCUUUCUUAUCUUCAUUCAUGUUGUCUGUACACUUACACUUUGCCGCUCCAUCAUGGCAUCCUCGACUUCAACAGUCUUACUGGGCGGAUGGAUCCGGAAGGGAGAUGAGGGGGAUGGCAUGAUCUUUUGCGGUAUACGGUGCCUGAUGGCCGAGGUGUGGUGGUUGGCAGGCUUCACUUUUGCGGAACUAGCUCUCUCCUUACACUCCCACACGAGCACAGUCCCAAAAGCCAUGCACGACUCGGCCUUUUUGUCAGGACAACGCGGGUUUUCUUUCAAGGCAUGGUAUGGGGAGGAAGGGGGGGGAGGCGGGGGCGUAUCUCGUUUACUUUAUUUCCCCCAACACAUAUGAUGCUGUAUGGAGAUCCAAGGGGCAAAGAUUCACAAUCAUAUUGUCUGGACACGACGACGCGUUAUGAAGAUGAAACAACAUUACUUACGAAUUUGACGGGAUGGAGGCGCUUGGGAAAAGGUUUAGGGAAAGGUUUUGGAGGGGGAAAUCGGUUCAACUCUGGGAGCUUAUAUUAUUCAAACAAGGACACUCGCUGGUUUGACUGUGGCUGGCCAAGAAGGAAGCCGAGCAGGCCCAGGAAGAAAUGGUCCUAGUGGUUUUCCCUCGAAAUAAGGGAUUUGUGUCGGGUACAGUAAAAUAGUAAAAGCAGAGAGGAGAGAGACAAAAUCAGAGAGCAAUAAAUGUGUGCCUGAAUAUUAUCUUGGCGAAUCUGAGACCCUUCUUGCAUAGCGGAAAACGGUUGGUAGGGGUUCACUUUUAAUGUGAACAGUUCAGACG